AUGAUAGAAACAAGGCAAAUCUAUGAUUUCCUAGAGACUCAAGUGAACGCGAGCGAACCUACUGUCCAAGAAGAGCUUAAGCUCAUUAAAACACGGAUUCUGGCUUUGAGUCGUGGGAGAGUGGGCGACGAACAUCACGGUAUCGACUAUAAUAACAAUGCCCUCACUCCGGAUCAACAUAUUCGCCGUCGGAUCAAUCCAGAUUGGAGAGAAGGCAACCAGACCAUUUCCAAGUUCUAUGUGGAUCACCUUGACCAAGCCGUGCGUGGUUCCAGGCAGGCUUCAGAGCCCAGCGCUCGACGCCAAAGGAACACGACCAAAUACUGGAGUCCUUAUGACCUUUUGGGAUUGUUUCUGUCAAGGCUUGGACAUGCUCAGUCUGGCGCUGAUGAGAAUAAUUUCUUCCUUCCUCUGACAGCAGUUUACAGCCUAUGGUGCAGUAGAAUUGCCGGCAGCACGAGCGAAGGUGUUGGCGACCCACCGGCCAUGUUCCAGUGCACGUGGGUGGAACAUCGCCAGGGUACAAAGCAGUUCUUUUUGGGGGCCUCACUAGGUGGGUAUAAUUGGGCAAUCGAUUCCACUGGUACAUGGGAGAGGGAAUUGAAGAUGGCUCGGUUUAAUCUGGUGCAGGACCUACUCAUUUCUACGGACCGUGGGUGGCAGUGGACAAUUGACGCAUCGCGCACGAGGGACCCGAGAAACAAGAAGGACAAAAAGAAAAAGACCCCGAAUAAGAUCUUACUGGAAGUUAGCGCGGACAUAGAUUGCUUCGUUCAAGAAAAUGGGCAGCCAGCUGACAACAUGCAAGGGGAUGUGCGAAACCGACUUGAAACGAUCAUCCUUGGCUUAUCAACCUUCUUGACUGGCUAUAGGGAGAAUGAUCAACGUGAAUCUGCUGAACUGCCUCGCGCAAUCCGGGGCUUUUUGGAGGCAUUACAAUCACGGCAAAAUACUCUAAAUGCUUUUGAGAUAUUAAGGGCGAAAAUAGAUGAGGUAUUGUGGAAUAGAAACGGAACUCGGUUUGGAAACUGCGCAGAAACAUAUCCAUUUGUCAACCUCUUGCAACCGGACUUGGUUCGUCCUCCGAAUAGUACUCCAAAAGGAUUUGCUCUAGCCAGAAAACAUUUUUGGCCACCCCCAGAUCUCCAAAAUCCCAAUUCCAACACUCCGCCGUAUAAUGCCGACACUAUUGCCAAAUAUCUAAAACCACCCUGCAACAACUGCAAAGUGCUACUGGAUGCACUUGGCAUUAAAAAAUGGAGGGACUUUGAUGUCUUUGCGCAACCAGUCAUGGCUUCUUCUUGA